UUCGCCAUUGAUCAAUAGCGCCUACAUGACCUUGCUAUCAACAUACAACAUACUGCCCUCGGUGUAUAAGCGAAUCGCUCCAUAUGUCAUAUAGGGACUUCUCAUUAGUACAUCCCUGGUAGUGUUUUUAAGAUGGUGACCCUUGAACAAUAUCCAAUAGGACGCAACCAAAUCAUCAAGAACUGCCCGGGAAAACAGGCCUCACCGUCCGUCGUGAGGGACUGGAUCCGAACUUACCUCUCUUACCGGGGAGUCGACCUAGAAGCCUCCAGCAAAUUCCUGUGGCGUGGAAUAGAACUAUACCGAGCGGAGAUCCCAGAGCUGCGGGAUGCUUUUAAGAGACACUGCGAAUUGGGAGACUGGGAGGCGAACAUCAUAGCUAAUGAUGUGUAUACUAUCCUGCAGGUGCGUUGUAAAACGGUUGUGAAUCGAGAAAGCCAAAGCUCCGAGAAAGCUCGGCACGAGUCUGUGCUGAAGUUCAGAUGAAUUGGUUGCUAACGCGAUAUCCCAAUCGUAGAAAGCCAUGCCUCCAUCCGAGCGCUCGUUCUUCCAGCUUUACGUCUACCAUCUCCUGGGCUCCGACUCCUACCGGAAACUCAUGUUGAACACUCGGGACCCGACCUUGAUGGAUUAUGUCGUAGGCAUAUCGGCAU